AUGUCGCCACAGACAGACGAUGUCGUCCCCCAGUCGCCCUCGGGUCCCGGCUUGCCUCCCAAUCCUUUCCUCGAGGAGUCAACACCCCCCAGGAAGACCUCGCGCGUCCUCAUAGACCUCUCUUCGCCCCCGAAAUCUUCAAGCCGAACUCCACGCAAAGAGGCGCGUUCGGAAAUGGCCCGCCCACGGCAGCACGUCACACAAAGGAGCGAGGAUGAGAAGCGAUUAAUUGGGGAUUAUUCUAGACCCGCAGAUGCUAUUAGUAUGCCCGACCCAUCCACUUGGAUGGCGAUACCAAAGAAGCGCACCAUGCCUACAAAACCAGGGUCGAGUAACGUCUUCAAGCCCGUAGACACGAUGCAAGGAGGGUCCAAGAAGCCUACUACGUACGGGAAGCGCGAUCGUACACAGCCGCCACUGAUCGGCCAGGCGCAUGGGCCGGGCCAGGCUGCCUACCUUCAGCGAACAGACAGAGCACCUGCAACAACGGUUCGUCGUCCUUCUUCCUCAGAGAGCCAGGAUCGAUGGUCGAGUGGAGCUACGCCUGGAAAACGAAGGAGGACUGCCAACGUUAUUUCACUUGUCGAUGACGACGAUGAAGUGGUGGAAGUAUCUCAAAACCACCAAAAUACACCUGUUGGCACGUCACGCGAAAGGCCGCGUUCUGCCUGGUCUCUGCAUUCACAGAUAAGCAACGGGAGCGAGAGCACAGUAAGCGACUACAAGCCGCCUCAGGCUACAAGCGAAUUUAGAGAAGUGGACAAUCUUCUCAGACCGUCCCAGAAGAAGCCGAGGAACUCGAGUUUCAACACAGCCAAAGGUGGCGCGCGACGCUCUCCUCUUACCGGUGGUUCUCUAUCGACCAGCCCUGGCGUACAUACUCCUCGGCAGGCGAUAUUGCAGACGUUUCGACAGGGUGAAUCGAAGCGAAGUCCCAGGAAGCACGACGGAGCCGAAAGAAAAGUCGACAUAGUCACGUCUCGCUACUUUCCCGAAGCCCGCAUCAAUGAGUCAACAUCUGAUCACGCAGACCAGAACCGACGUGUAACAGUUGAAGACGAGGACCUUCGCACCCAACACAAAUCUGUGCCAAAGCAAGCGGGACCUAUGACUGACAACUACAGCGCGGACGAGCUUGCCAUCACGCCUCCGCACCAGGGAACCAGACUUGUUUCGAAGCAAAAGCAAAAGCAGACUGCAAAUAGUGGAGUCAAGCGAAACGCUCGCGGAAGGGUUGUAGAAGAAUCAUGGCGACUUUCGUUUGCACGGUCGUAUGGGUUUCAGAGCCACGGAUCAACAACCAUGGACGGCCAUGCCAUCUUGCUCUUAAGAUGGAGGAAAGAUGAGGGGUUACGUGUCCAGACUUGGGAGUCAGUGGAUGGCGUCUACGAUAGCAAACUUGUCAUAGAGCCUAAAUACGUCAACCAAGUAUAUGCGGACGGUACAAGCCGCAUGCGGUUGACGGGCCCUCGCGGACACGACGGGAACAAACUCAUCUUGGACCUGGAGUUUGCUGAUACUGCCGAUUUCCUCAUCUUCCGUGAUGAACACGCAGUGUUGAUGACGUCAGGCGGAAAGUGUAUCAAUAAGUCGGAUGAUUACAUGGCCCAUCUUUUCAAAACACCUCUCCCAUCGAGAAACGAGAAGGUUGGUACGUCUGCACUGGUAGGCGAUUCAACAGCGAGCUUAGGACAGCCUCACCGCGAAAAAGCUAAUGGAGCGUCGAAGAGACCUCUGUUGGAUCAGCUCAAGCCCGCUGUCCGUCAGCAUGUUAUUGAUGCUGAAUCUGGCACUACCACGACAAGCAGAGCAUCGACCCGUCCGUCACGUUCAACAAGAUCGGCUCCGGUUAAUUACGUCGAAGACACGCCUACACAGUCGGAUGUACCCAAAUUUUCAGUCGAAACUGGACUUGGGCAACCCUGGGCUAAGUCUCUUGAAUUCGGCGAAGGUCGUCAACGGGCGAUAGUGCACUUUGAUGAUCUGCCCCGCCUGGACGAGGAAGAAUUCUUGAAUGACAGCCUGAUCGACUUCUACAUGAUCUACCUCUUUAAGCAGCUCAAAGUGCCUGCUGAUAAAGUCUACUUCUUCAACACCUACUUCUUCACGAAGCUUACCGAGAACUCGGGUCGGAAAUCCAUGGACUACAAGGCUGUGCAACGCUGGACGUCUAAGAUUGAUAUCUUCACCUACGACUACAUUGUUGUUCCCAUCAACGAACAGUACGUCAAGUUACCACCGCUUUGA